ACGUAAAAAUGUACCUAAGUCCUAAAUGUAUUAACGCUCUGAAAUAUACUGCCUUUUGGCGGAACGGAGAUGAUCCUUCGCUUAAGAAGUUCUUAGACUUCCGACGCUGUAUGGGUGACUUAAAAAACCCAGAAAUGGAACACAGCAGAUACAAUCUUGAACUAAAUACUAUUACUAGUUACUAUGAUGAAACAACUGAGAUAGGGAAGAAGGCGCUGAACUGGAAAGAAGAAUUUAAGGCGAGUUACUUUACACCUUGUGAGUUGCUUGCUUGCAAGGCAAAAGUUGCUUGCUUGUCUGUGGAUGAUAAAAAAUCGAAUUCGGUAAAACUCUUUUGGAACCUAGAGGACAUUAUCAUGGAAUCCGAGAUAGUUGAUGAAGAAUCCCGAUUACAAUGGAAAGAAGGGAUGAAAGAGUUCGAAGGAACAGAAACAGUUUCUACAACAUCAACCAAAAAGACCAAAACGUUCAACGUUUCAUUUGAUGAAUAUAUUGACUCCAACGAGACUAAUAGAAAUGAAAUUGAUGAUGAUCCCAGCGAGACUAAUAGAAAUGAAACUGAUGAUGAUUUUGAAAUCGUUGACGCGAUAGACUGGGAAUUUGACACACCAAUUCCGAGCUGGUUACAAAAAGCGAUGAAACAACAUAAAUCUUUGACUUCACAAACUGAUUCAUCUAAGAGGCCAAAAUUGGCAAAAGAACCAAUAUGGUGGCGUAUUAUCGAUGCAUCAGAUCCAAAGAUUCUUCAAGACUUCCUUUCUGAAACGGAAUUUUUAGAGCUGAGUACCAAGAUUUCAUCUGCUCUUAAUAUUGGAAAUUCCAUGAAUAGCAAUGAACUUCGUAAAAUUGGAGAAUUAGUAAAACCGAAAGGAAUUUACGGAGCAAUUGUAGAACUCAUGAAAAUGGAAAUGAAGGCUGAGGAGUCAAACUCAGAACCUGAUCUAUUUGACGACGACCAAUCAUGUGAUAAGGCAUCAACAAUUACUACUAUUGAGGAAAACGAUUACUUAGACAAAGAUGUUAGCUAUAUUUUAGAAUUGAUACGAUUUACGUGUGAGAUGUUAGAAAAGGAGAUCCCACAACGAAAGAACUCGGAGAGAGAUAUCGAUAUGUUUGUUAAACGACAUAUAUUCUCAUGUUUUGAAGAUGUCCUGGACUGUCACUUCGGAGAUAUGGUUUCAAGAGCAUCUAGGGAUCGACGAUGUGAAGCAGUAGAUGCUCCGGAUAAUGCAGAAGGGUUUCAUCUUGAUUGGAUGUUCACGAAACACGAACUAGGAAAAGAUACACCAUGGGGUCGGGAAUUCUCUAUGUGCGAAUCAAAAGUUGAUGACGAUAUGAAGGAUACUCUCAAGACUCAGAAAACACUUCGGGAUAUGCAUAAAGGCCUUGUAAAAGUGAUCACGGCAGAAAGUAGUGGAUCACUUUCAAAACAGGUUUUGCGUGCCUGCACAAAACUUCACAUGCCUGGAUUUGUUUCAAAAUCUUUCUUUAUCCGUGCUAUUCUCAUCGUCUACGUAGGAGGUAAUUUCUAUUUAUCAUUUGAGUUGGCGAAACUUAAUAUUCCUACAAAGUACAAUGAACUUGGAGAAACCAUUAAAAUUGCGCGGGUUAUGUUACAAAUCAAGAAAUUGUUACGUUCUACUGUCUCUCGAUUCAAGCGUAUAAAAGAAAGAGCAGAGAAAGAAAAAUUUGCCUCCGGAAAAGUGGUUAUGAGUAAUGGUUGUAAGGAGUACCGAACACCAGAAAAAUCAAAGAAA